AAUUAUAUAUUCCCCAGUCAUACCUUACCCUCUUUUAUGUCUUCGUAUUGGAAUGAAUAUUGUUGGAUAAUUAUGAUGUUGUUUGUACUCAUAGUUCUCACUAAUCUCACAGCGAUUACCACCUCUCGAAGUUCUAGUUUAAGCACAGGUGCACUGGCUGGCAUAGUAGUGGGGACCAUUGCAGGUGCAGUUACAAUGUCCGCAGUUGUCUCUCUUCUAAUACUAAGAAAGCGUAUGAAGAAGUAUAGUGCAGUUUCGAGAAAACGUCGUGCAUCUAAGGCCUCCUUGAGAAUUGAUGGUGUGAAGGCUUUCAGUUAUGGAGAAAUGGCUAUGGCUACAAACAAUUUUAACAACUCCGCUCUUGUUGGCCAAGGAGGGUAUGGAAAGGUCUAUAAAGGCAUUCUAGCUGAUGGAACAAUUGUGGCCAUUAAACGUGCACAAGAGGGAUCCUUACAGGGUGAGAAGGAGUUCUUAACAGAGAUAGAAUUAUUGUCAAGGUUACAUCAUCGAGACCUAGUGUCUUUGAUUGGAUAUUGUGAUGAAGAGUGUGAACAGAUGUUGGUCUAUGAGUUUAUGGUGAAUGGUACUCUAAGGGAUCACCUUUCUGCUAAAUGUAAAGAACCUCUGAGUUUUGCGAUGAGAUUGAGAAUUGCCCUGGGGUCAGCUAAGGGCAUCCUCUACCUACACACGGAAGCUAAUCCUCCAAUAUUUCAUCGGGAUAUCAAGGCCAGCAACAUAUUAUUGGAUUCUAAUUAUACAGCAAAGGUUGCUGAUUUUGGACUUUCGCGACUUGCUCCAGUUCCAGAUAUUGAAGGGACUGUGCCUGCUCAUGUAUCCACAGUUGUGAAGGGGACACCUGGUUACCUUGAUCCAGAGUACUUUUUGACACAUAAACUGAUAGACAAAAGCGACGUUUACAGUCUUGGAGUCGUAUUUCUCGAACUCCUGACUGGGAUGCAGCCAAUCUCACAUGGGAAAAAUAUUGUUAAAGAGGUAAAACCUUAAAAUAUAUCAAUUCUAC